AUGGCGGCGGAGGCGCAGCCCCAAAUCGUGGUCGAGGUGGCCGACCAACCACCUUCGCCGAGACGACCGAGCCGCGCGUUGAAACCGAGCGCGAAAGCUCGCGAAGCCAUGCAAUCGCUCGAGGACGUGGCUACCACGUCGAGGAGAGCGGCGAGCGAGACCACGCGGGCGGUUACGACGCGAGGAGCACGCGCGUCUGGGAUUUUAUAUGGAGCCAACAGCCGGAUCGAGACGGGGAAGUCAGGUAUACAGAUGCUCCUGGAGGCGAUCAACGAACAACGAGACGAAAUGUACCGAAUGAUUACCGAGCAGCGAAACACGAUUGGCGAACUACGCGAGGUGAUUUGCAAGCAGCACGACGCGAUUCAAGAACUACAUCGCCAACUUGCAGACACCAGGACCCAGCUUUCUGAAGAACUGAGACAAGCGCGGGAUCAGAUUGAUACCCUUCAACGCCACCCGGUAGCCAUGGCUUCGUCCCAACCAAGCGCAAGAGGGUCAUACGCCGAAGUCGCUCGCACCCCACCAUCAAGCCAGCCAAGCGGUGUGCGCACCCUCUCCUCGCGAAACACGACGCCUUCAUCCUUUACCGACACGUUGUUCUGUACGAUCGAUACAUCUAGGGUGGAGGAGAAAGAGAAGGGAAACGUCCAGGUGGCGGACAUUAGAAAGGCAAUCGAGACAGAGGCCAGGGCACAGGAAAGCAUGGGAGACUGGCGUUGCGCUGCGGUUGUGAAGGAGGCCCGAAACCCGGACCGAGUCAGAGUAAUUUGCAGGGACGAAGGCGAGGUCCAGCUCGUCAAGGAAGCGGCAGUGAAGAUCAGUGUUCCUGGAGUGCGGGUAUUGAGAGACCAGUUGUACCCGGUGAGGGUAGACAAUGCCAACCGAACAGCGGUCCUCGAUGCGGACGGAAACAUCCUGCCGGGAGCCGCAGAGGCGCUAGGGACAGAGAACGACGUCAACAUUGCGAAGAUUGCCUGGCUCAGCAGGAAGGAUACAAGCAAGGCCUACGGCUCGAUGGUUGUCUACGUGACGAAGGGCAGCGAAGCAAGGCGACUUCUAGACGGGCGUUACUUCCAUCUCGCCGGAGAAUCCGCUUACACGACCGUCUUCGCGCCCCGGGAAGGCCCAAUCCAGUGCUACAGAUGCCAGGAGAUCGGCCAUAAGGCCUUCGCCUGCAAAAAGCCGCAAAGAUGCGGAAGGUGUGCGGAACAGGGUCACCACCACAAGACGUGUCAGUCCGUGGUCCUGAAGUGCGUGCUAUGCAGAGGACCACACGAGUCAUUUAGCAAGAACUGUCGGCAGAGUCUGCUAAACGACGAGGGACUCAAGGACUUCGCAGUGCUGGCCAUCUCCGAACCAUAUGCCAGGCUGAUCGAAGGCUCGGUGACGACGGUCCCAAUGAGUCAUCACAACUGGACGAAGCUUAUACCAACGACAAGACGAGAAACCACGUGGCCAAUUCGGAGCAUGCUAUGGGUACGAAGCGAUAUAGAGGUCGAGCAGAUUCCAGUGCCGUCGGCAGACCUCACCGCAGCACGCAUUCGGCUCCCAGAUCGGGCAGUGCUGAUGGUGUCAGUGUAUGUGGAGGGUGGUAGUGACGAAGCACUGGAAGAUGCAAUGAGGGAAAUUGACCGACUGAUUAGGAGGUUUCGAAACGGAACAGGGACGAGAACGGAUAUCAUCCUGGCGGGCGAUUUCAACCGCCACGACCAGCUUUGGGGAGGGGACGAUGUCUCACCACGGAGACAAGGCGAGGGAGACCGCAUCAUCAACCUCAUGGACGAACACUCCCUCUGCAGCCUCCUCCCAAGAGGCACGAAGACGUGGCAGUCAGGCGACAUUGAGAGCACAAUCGACCUGGUACUGGCCUCUGCAGAACUAGCAGACCAACUACUCAGAUGCGCGAUUCACCCCUGCGACCAUGGCUCAGACCACAGAGCAAUCGAGACAGCUUUUGACACCUCGGUGGAGGACCGUCCCAGUGAGACGAGGUUCCUCUUCAAGAACGCGCCCUGGGCGGAAAUUAGGACUAGGGUGGCAGCAAACCUCGAACGCAUCCCCUGGGACGGCAAUGUCCAGCAGCAGACGGACAGGCUCAUGGCAGCGGUAACCGAGGCGGUCUACGGCCUGACACCUAAAGCCAAACCCUCACCAUACGCCAAGCGGUGGUGGACAACGGACCUGACACGGCUUCGCCAGACAUACACGUUUUGGAGAAACCAGGCGAGAUCUCGACGUAGGAUUGGGCAAACAGCACCAGAGCUCGAACAACGAGCCAGGAUGGCAGCCAAAGAGUACCACGACGCCAUCCGCAGACAGAAGAGUUCGCAUUGGAACGACUUCCUGGCCGAUGACGCUAACAUCUGGCAAGCAACGAAGUACCUGCAAACCGGCAGCGGCACGAUGGGCGAUAAGAUACCCCCGCUCGUCCGACCCGAUGGCUCCAUCACGGAGGGUAAAGCAGAACAAGCGCAGGAGUUACUCACCGCCUUCUUCCCACCUUUGCCAGCGAGAAUCGAAGACGAGGGCCAACGACCUCAACGGGCGCCGGUACACAUGCCAGACCUAACAAUGGAGGAGAUAGAACAAAAGGUCCUGUCCGCUAAGCCAUGGAAGGCGCCCGGGGAAGACGGUCUACCGGCAAUGGUAUGGAGACAGCUCUGGCCAGUGGUCAAAGACAGGGUGCUCCAUUUAUUCCGGACGUCGCUUCGAGACGGCGACAUCCCCAGCCAGUGGAGGAAUGCCAAGAUCAUCCCAUUGAAGAAGCCAGGGAAGAGCGAAUACACUCUAGCCAAGUCCUGGAGACCCAUCUCGCUGCUCUCCACGCUGGGUAAGAUACUGGAGGCAGUCAUUGCGGAGCGUUUAUCCCAUGCUGUGGAGACCUGCGGCCUUCUACCCGCCAACCACUUCGGAGCCAGGAAGAGACGCUCGACCGAACAGGCUCUCCUUCUGCUUCAGGAACACAUCUACAAAGCAUGGAGAGCUAGGAAAGUGCUCAGCCUGAUCAGCUUCGAUGUCAAGGGCGCAUACAAUGGGGUCUUCAAAGACAGGCUUCUCCAGAGGCUCAAGGCAAGAGGGAUACCUGAAUCCCUGGUCAAGUGGAUCGACGCCUUCUGCUCCAAGCGCACAGCGACCAUUGCCGUAAACGGGUUCACAUCUGGACGGCAAGAGCUGCCCCAAGCGGGUCUUCCGCAAGGAUCGCCGCUGUCUCCAGUGUUAUUCCUCUUCUUCAACGCCGACCUAGUGCAGCACAAGAUUGACGCGAACGGAGGCGCAAUUGCCUUCGUGGACGACUACACUGCCUGGGUAACGGGCCCGUCAGCGGAGUCGAACCGCACUGGAAUCCAAGCUAUCAUCGACAAAGCCCUUGACUGGGAGAAACGGAGCGGUGCGCAGUUUGAAGGCGAAAAGACAGCCAUCAUACACUUCACGAGGAACAUGGAGCGAUUUUCAGAACAACCGUUCUCGGUCAAAGGCGAAGUGGUCAAACCGAAGGAAAGUGCGAAAAUCCUAGGUGUCGUGAUGGAUCGCGAAGUCCGCUACAAGCAGCACAUUGCUAGGACGGCAGCUAAGGGCCUCGCAGCCGCUCUGGCCCUGAAGAGGCUGAAGAUGCUUUCCCCGCGGACAGCGAGGCAGCUAUUUGUUGCGACAGUAGCCCCGGUCAUGGACUACGCUGCCAAUGUCUGGAUGCAUGCGUGCGGGGAAAAGGCACUGAGCUGGCUGAACAGGGCGCAGAAGAUCGGGGCCCUGGCCAUCACGGGAGCCUUUCGAACCGCGGCAACAGCCGUGGUGGAAGCUGAAGCGAGCAUCUACCCCGUACGAGAACGACACGCCCAGGCAGCAGCCAGUCUGUGGAUCAACAUCCACACGCUGCCCGGAACGCAUCCCCUUGCGAUGAAGAAAGUCCGGACCACCGUACGAUUCGUAUCUCCGCUGCAGAAAAUUGCCCGCGUGGCCGAAGGAGUACGAGUUGACCGGAUGGAGACAAUCCAGGAAUACGCCGUCCCGCCCUGGGUACCUCGCCUACGACCGACGCUCGAAGCCGAUCGAGGGAAGGCGGCCGAGAUGGUCAACAAAAUUUCGGGAAUCGUGGCCGCAACCAGCUCAUCCGUAAAGAAGGGACUUGGCCAGGCUGCACCGACAAAGAGGGAACUCGGUCAACUUUCUGUGGAUACCAGCGGAGAUUGA